UUGUGGAAGCUCUGAGAGCGGGCACACUUUCGAGACUGGACUUGAGGAGUUCCUGCAUGUUACACGUCUGCUGGGAGGCUUUGGACUCAAAAUGAUGGAAUCAUGAUAUCAGCUGUGGAUGAAGAGAAGUUGGAUGAAGCUGCUCAGCAGGAUUCCACCGACACCACCUGGAGCUGGACCCGUCAGACCAUGAACUACGUGGGCCAGCUGGCGGGCCAGGUGUUCGUGCAGGUCAAAGAGCUGUACCGAGGCCUCAACCCCGCAACCCUCUCCGGCUGCAUCGACGUCAUCGUGGUGCGGCAGCCCGAUGGCUCUCUGCAGUGCUCGCCCUUCCACGUUCGUUUCGGGAAAAUGGGCGUCCUGCGUUCCCGUGAGAAAGUGGUGGACAUAGAAAUCAACGGAAAACCGGUGGACCUUCACAUGAAGCUUGGGGACAACGGAGAGGCGUUCUUUGUGCAGGAAACAGAAAAUGAUCAGGAAGUUGUUCCUUCCCAUUUGGCCACUUCUCCCAUCUUGUCAAAUGGGGCCAUUUUGAUGAGCUCCCCCUUGUUGGGGAAGAACUCUGGGUCUGCUGUGCAGAACUUGGGCCCCCUAAGGAGCAAUGGAGAGAUCAAGAAGAGGAGGAAGAGGAGGAGGAAGAGUCGGGCAGACAGCACGAGGAGGGAGGAGAAUGGCGACUACUCGGUGGAUGAAGAUAUGUUCUCCAUCGACAUGAGCUCGGAUGAAGAGGGGGAAAUGGAGAGCAACAGGUCUUCUCGAGAUAUUUUGGGAGACGAGACAACAGCUGCUUCCAGCGGUGGUUCUUUCAAACAGGGUGGUGUCUACGCUCGUUCAGAUGGAGGGUGGAGCCCAAUCCAGAGCCCUGGCAACUCUCGCCCCACCUCUCCAAAGAGUGACUCCGAGCUGAUCACUAAUCUGUUGGACUCGGACAGUCAGAAUCCAGCCAUGCUAUGGGCGUGGGGAGAGCUGCCGCAGGCCGCCACGCCUUCUUUCCUCCCUCUGAAGUCGAACCCACAGUCUGUUCGUGUUUUAUCCAUCCCCGUGGCUGAGAACACACACUUCUGUGUGAUCCCCCACGAGAUGCCCUCAGAACAACGUGGAGCCUGCUCUGAGAUACCAACACCCCCGAUGCUGACGAAGGAGGACACAGCAAGGAUGGAGUCAGUAUCCAUGGAGGUGAAGACCCAGACGGUGACUUCAGAGACGCAGACGGUGGGCGACAUGGAGGAGACGGCCCCUUCUCCUCUCGGGAAGACAGACUCUCCAUCUAAAAAGAAAGACAAAAGGAGCCGCCAUCUUGGUUCUGAUGGAAUUUACCUAGAUGAUAUUACAGAGCUGGAGCCUGAGGUGGCAGCACUGUAUUUCCCUAAAAGUGACAGUGCUUCAACUUUGAGAAGCAUUUCCGACCCGGGGCCUCACAGCACCAGUCAGUCCCCGCAGUCCGUGGGCUCAGGAGGGGACAGCGGCGUGGACAGUUACUGCGACCCCAUGUCCGACCUCCCAUCUACCGCUGUCUCCCUGUGUGGGGGACUCACCGACAACAAGGAGAUCUCUACAGAACAGUUUUACAAUAAGCUCAUCUCAUAUCAGCAGUUUAUAGAAAACCCCUCCAUCAUCGACGACCCCAACUUAGUUGUGAAAAUUGGCUCAAAGUACUAUAAUUGGAGCACUGCGGCUCCACUUGUGCUCGCUCUGCAAGUAUUUCAGAAACCCCUGCCAAAGACCACAGUGGAGAAGGUCAUGAAGGAGAAGAUGCCCAAGAAAGGAGGAAGGUGGUGGUUCUCCUCCUGGAGGGGCAGAAACAAUAACGUGAAAUUAGAUUCAGUUGCCGAGCACGGAGCUUGUGGUUCUGCUGAACAAGCUGGAAUCAUGAAUAGCAGACAUAAAGAGGAGUCAUCAUCUAGUGAUGAAGACCUCCUUGCAGCAAAGCAGAGCUCUCCGAUCCUCCAGUCCGAGCCUGGACUCCCAUCAGGAGGCGUCUCUUAUAAGAAAACACUCCGCCUGACCUCUGAGCAGCUGCUGUCUCUUCAGCUGCUGGACGGCCCUAACGACGUUGUGUUCAGCGUGACCACUCAGUAUCAGGGAACAUGUCGAUGUCAGGGAACCAUCUACCUCUGGAACUGGGAUGACAAGAUUGUCAUCUCUGACAUCGAUGGAACCAUCACCAGGUCAGACACGUUGGGUCACAUCCUGCCCACCCUUGGAAAAGACUGGACCCAUCAGGGAAUUGCACACCUCUACCAUAAAGUCAGCCAAAAUGGCUACAAGUUCCUGUAUUGUUCAGCUCGGGCGAUCGGCAUGGCUGACAUGACCAGGGGCUACCUCAACUGGGUCAACGAGAGAGGCACCAUGCUGCCUAUGGGCCCCGUCCUCCUGAGCCCGAGCAGCCUCUUUUCAGCUCUGCACAGGGAGGUGAUUGAGAAGAAGCCAGAGAAGUUUAAGGUGGAGUGUCUCACAGAUAUAAAGCACCUCUUCUAUCCAAACUCGCAGCCUUUCUACGCAGCGUUUGGCAACAGGCCGACGGAUGUGUAUUCAUACAAAGAAGUAGGAGUGUCACUCAACAGGAUUUUCACGGUAAACCCUAAAGGGGAGCUGGUGCAGGAACACGCCAAGACCAACAUCUCAUCUUACGUUCGUCUGGGCGAAGUGGUGGACCAUGUGUUUCCCCUCAUAGCCCGAUCCUCUUCCUCAGACUUCCCCUGCUCGGACACAUACAGCCAUUUCACCUACUGGAGGGAGCAGUUCCCUCGAGUGGAAGAUCAGGAGACGCCUCCACAGAUUCCCAGCUCCGGCAGCUGAUUAAGCCUCCUCCGAACCGGUCGAACCACCUGUGACUGACUGCCGGAGCGACUUGGACAGAUGUGCAAUCGUGAGGUGUAUUGUUGGAAAUUCUUGAAGCACUUUUCCUGCAUCGCAGAGGGGUGAACAAUCUGCCAUGAUUAGUCUUAAAGACAAUAAGGAUAUAAUGAGCACUUUUAUUAAAGAAUUAGAUGUGUAUAU